AGCAUCUGAUCAAGUGAACAGCAGAGCAGAUGUUGAAGUGAAUGCUCUCUCCACUGCCCACUUGUUGAAUUUGUAGAGCUAAUUUGAUAGUGAGCCUCUGGAGGAAGGUAUCUCUUAGCAGGGAAGGGGCGAGGCUAUGAGGCUCUCCUGUAACAGGUAGGGGGAGGAGCCACAGGCUGCACCUGAGCUGAGUUGCCAGUCUCUGUAAAUGAAGCAGAGGAGUGCACCUGUUGCACUUCCCACACUCUCUCUCUCCCUCUCUCUUCCUCUCCCUCGCUUUCUCCACCGGCCCAACGGACAUAUUACCGCAGAACAGGGCCCUGCACCAUGGAGGGCAGCGGGAAGGAGAAGGAGAAGGAGAAAGAGAAGGUGAUCAAAAGGAGGAACCGGCCGGUAUUUUUGCGGUACCUGGAGAGGAGGAAGACGGACACGAUCGUGAGCGACGACGCGAGCAAGGGGGACGUGAACCUGGGGACCCUGGUGAGGAGGACCCAGUCUGACAAGACAGAGUACAGCGCCAAACUGAUAGAAAAAAUGUCUCCUCACGACAUGUCGACCCUCACCUCCCCCUGCCUCGACCCCGAGGAGGCGCGGCUCCGGAAGAUGAGCCGGAGGUCGAAGGUCAUCCAGGAGCUGGUGCAGACCGAGAGGGACUUCCUGACAGACAUGGAGCUGUGCGUCCAAGAGGUGGUCAAGCCCCUGAGAGAGAGCCAGCUGGUGGACGUGGAUCGUCUGUUCACCAACAUGGAGACAGUGUGUGAGGUCUCCGCCACGCUGCUACACCGGCUUCAGCAGGCCACCUCUGACCCGGACCCCGAAGCUGUCGUCAUAGGAGACGUUUUCAUCCAGAACAAGGCUGCGCUGGAGGACGUGUACAAGAUCUACUGCUUCCACCACGAGGAGGCCAACAUCCUCCUCAAGACCUACGGCCAGGAGGACGACAUCAGACAACUCUUCCUCACCUGUGAGUCCGCGCUGAAGCGAAUAUACGACGAAGAAGGGAAGCCCAGCUUGCUGAACAUGGGGUCGCUGCUCAUCAAGCCCGUCCAGCGCGUCAUGAAAUACCCCCUGCUGCUUGGGGAGCUCUGGAGGGCCACGCCCGACAACCACCCCGACAACCGUCUGCUGCAGCAGGCCUUUACUGCAGCCAAGAUCAUCAACGUCAACAUCAACGAGUUCAAGAGGAGGAAAGACCUGGUGAUGAAGUACAGGAGGAGUGAGGAUGAGGGCUCGCUGAGGGUGAAGUUCAACAAGCUCAACAUGCACUCCAUCAGGAAGAAGUCUGACAGGCUAACAGGACAUCUGAAGCUGCUGAGCGGGGUCGAACCACAGGUGAGAGAUGAGGUGUUUGACAAGGAGGAGAAGAUGUUCAGAUGCCUGGAGAAAGCUGUCAAAUUGCUGAUCAAGAAUAUCCACAUUUACCUGAUGCACACCCAGGAGAUGGUGUCAGUAGCAGUGCAGAAUGCUCCUGACUUGGAGAACAUCAUCAGAGACCAGGACAAGAUCGACACCAACGCCACCCUGCAGCCCAGGAACGGAAAGGACCCUUACAAGCACUUUAAACAGCGUCUGGAGCGCUUGGUGGUCGCCCCCCUGUCCUCCCUCCAGGUCAUGUUCUCCUCCCCUCAGAAGCUCAUCCAGAAGCGAUACGACAAGCUGCUGGACUACUGCAGCCGGCUGGAGCGCUCCACCCCCUCCUCCAGCUCGUCCCCGAGCGAGGAGCAGGGCAGGGGGCAGGCCAGGAGGGACUAUGAGGCCCUAAACGCCCAGCUGGUGGAGGAGCUGCAGAGGUUCAACAUGGCUGCCCGCUCCAUCCUGGACAGCUGUGUGAUGUGUGUGGUCACUCUGCUCAAAGAGCUGAUGGACACCUCGCACCACCACACACCCUCCAUACAGCAGCUGCCCGCUCCUUUGUCUAACAUCAGUGAGGUGCAGAGCAGCAUCCUGAACGAGCUGAGCAGUCUGGCCUUCGUCAAAGACAACGCCCAGAGACUGAUGGAGAGGAAGGUCAGCUUCGAAAGGACCCGAGACAAAAGACCCACGGUGCCGGAGGUGCAGCGUCAGUCGGAGGAGCAGCGGGCCAGGCUGCGGGCGGGGCACAGCGCGGAGCGGCUGUUCCUGCUGAAGAGGAACUGUAACGGCUGUCAGGAGGGGGACCUGGCCCUGCUGGAGGGGGAGAUGGUGGCCCUGCUGGAGGAGACCGACCCCCAUGGCAGCAACACUCGCUGGCUGGUUCACACUGGGGCUUCCCAAGGCUACACCUACUCCACCUUCCUGAAGCGCUACAACCCCCAGAGAGACCAGACCCCCACCUCCACCCCAACCUCCACCCCCCUCCCCCACGACAGCCACCCCAAGCACCAGUCCCUCAUCCUGGACGACGACUUCGACAACCUCAGCCUGUUCGUGUCGGGCAGCGGUAGCAUGAGGAGCUUCAGCUUGUCUGGCAGCUGCAAUACCUUGUCUGGCCUGCAAGGGUCUGACAGCUGCAGUACCUUUUCUGGCCUGCAAGGGUCUGACAGCUGCAGUACCUUGUCUGGCCUGCAGGGGUCUGUCAGCUGCAGUACCUUGUCUGGGCUGCAGGGGGAGCUGCAGGGGGAGCUGGAACUGAGUGUUGACGGGGACGACCAGCAGUUCUAUGCAGUGUACGCGUUCACGGCCCGCUGCGAGCAGGAGCUCACCCUGCAGGAGUACCAGCACGUCAGCAUCCUGCAGUUCAGCGACCUGGGGGGCAACAAGGACUGGUGGCUGGCCGAGGCUGAGGGGCGGAGGGGCUACGUGCCCGCUAACUACCUGGGCAAGAUGUCCUACGCUUGAUGGAGGAGGGAAGGAGAGAGGGAGGGGGCAGGAAGGAAGGUAGGAUGAGUGAAGGAAGGAAAGAAGGAUAUAAGAAAGGAGUGAAGGAAGUAGGCCUGGGCAAUAUAUCGAAUAUUAGCGUCAUUUUGACGACGAUGUAAAAUUUGAAAAUAUCGUGAAUAUCAAAUAUAAGUAUUUUUUUAUGCUGGUCUUUGUGUUGCUUGUGUUUUAAGAUCCCUGACUGUCUCCUCUGUGUUGACACACACAGAUACCGUUUGUGCACAUGCUCUUUGUGAGCAUAUGUGCACAAACUGAAAAUUGCACUCAAACAGGCACUCUCUUCUGCCCUCUUAUUGUCCUGUCACAUAAGGACCUCUGCAUGAAUCGUUCCAUGUGAGGUCCAUUUUGUUAAGUUGCAAGUACCAUGUUAUGGCAACUGCUUAAAUUUGCACUACACAUUUUGUACUUUGUAACAAUAGCUGUUCUAUCUAAAUCGUUUUUGUUGUUUUCUAAUGGGGGGCAAAUAAAAAUCAUGUUUUUGUAUUAUUUAAAUGCCAAUGCAAACAUAUCGAAAUAUAUAUCGAAUAUCGUAAUUUUUUGGACAAUAUCGAGAUAUCAAUCUUUUUUAUACAUCGCCCAGCCCUAGAAGGAAGACAGGAGUGAUUGAAGGAAGGGUACACCUGUGAAGGGACACCUACAGGCAGGUGAAGAAUGUCGGAGUCCUCCGACAACACGCUUCCUUGCCGAGAGGUGUGUGAUCUAUCAGACUGAUCUGGAAGAUAUCUGGAAAGCUGUGUGCUGAUUUCCCCCGGGGGAAUCAGAGAGGGAGGAGAUGCUUAAGUAUUUCAAAGAGGCCAGUGUCAACAGUUUUCUGUCCAAUUAAGUUCUUUAUUUAAUGAUCCGUUCAGAGCGUAACUGCUGUAAUAAGACAUAUUUGCUUAGAGAAAGCCAAAUCAUGCAGAUUGAAGGUGCUAGGUUUAGCCAUCAGCAGUGUUUAUUGUGAUUCAGAUGAUUUAUUCAAAUAUAUAUAUUUAAAGAAUGUAUUUUGAAAGAUUUUAAAUGAAGUAAUAGUUUUUAUAAGAUAGGAAAUAUAUAUAUAUAUAUAUGUAAUUUAAGAUGUCACUUUAAUUAAUAAAUAUAUGAAUAUCCUCUACUGAAAAGAUAUUGUCCCUGUAAUUGUUUCGAAGUCAGUCAAUUACACCCUCACAACUUCCCAAAACAAUCAACGCCCCCUCAAAAAAAGCUGGACAACUUCAUAGAGGCAUUUUAUUUGUUUUAUCCGUCAGUAAAAAAAACUUCACAUUGAUGAUCCAGCCGGGUCGAACAAUGAGGCACUGACACUGUUGCCACGCCGACCGCGACCCACAAGGCCCUGCCAGCAGCAUUUCAUAUAUUUGAACGUAAAAAUUCAAGUAUUCAGUUCCACUGGGCUGAUUCAACAUUAACGGUAUUUCCUCUUGACACGACACGACACUGUGACGGGACUGGUGCCCCUCUCUUCACUGGACACGACACGACACU